GAGACUCCACCGCAGCCAGGACACAGUGAGGCGGAAACGAGCCAUAUCCGCAUUUACGCCUGCGAGAUCGGCUUUCUUGUGGAAACCCAUUUCUAGAAGAGCCUCAAGUUGAGUCCAGUAUCUUUGAUAUCCUCUCUCUGUAUUUCCGGGAUCUUGGGAAACUGUGUGUGAUACGCGACGCGUCUCCUAUUGAAGAUAUGAGACGCGAACUGCCCAUCAACGCGACACACCAGAGAGAUGGGACACAAAUACUGUGCCGCGCCAUGGUUAUCCAGCUGCCUCUACUUGAUCAGACAAUCAUACUCAGGAGAGCGAAUUAUCGACAUGGCAUUCCCAUCCGGUCCGCAUCCACAAUCUGCCGUCUUCCUCCUUCUACGUUGACAAGUUAGCGCACGAUCGGCUCCGACAAUUCAAAUCGGCUCAGGCCCCGCUUGACCAGAUUCAGACUCUCUCGAAUCCGGGGAAAGGGUCAAAGGAAGACGAAACAAGUAAGAUCAUCCAUUUCCCCCGCAUUCGAAGUCUCUAGACCGUUACAUUAAGCAAAAAACACGAAUUAAAACGAAGUAUUUUGAUGCACGAAAAGUGAGAUUCUGUGCUUGCGGCUGCAUUGCGGAACUCGUGAUGCGGAACCCCCAUGUCGGAUGGUGGGGCACUGAACUGACUUGAUCAGGAAAAGAGAAAUUUGAAUAUUAUGAGACUACCGACUGCUACAUUUGCAAAAGUUUUUAAUCAACAAUUCCGUGGGCCUGUAUCCAGGAACAUAAAUCGGUCUUUUUACGCCACCAUGAGAGCUGCUAGGUAUUACGGUAUCAAGGACAUUCGUGUCGAGCAGGUCCCUGAGCCUUCAGUGCAGCCCGGACAAGUCAAGGUUGCUCCUAAAUAUGUUGGCAUCUGCGGCACAGAUCUGCACGAAUAUCUCGGAGGACCCAACUUCUGCCCAACCAAACCUCACCCUCUCACAUCAGAAAGCAUCCCCGUGACACUCGGCCAUGAAUUCUCAGGAAUUAUCUCCGAAGUUGGGCCCGGCGUAACCGGCUUCGAAGUAGGUCAGCCCUGCGCAGUCCAACCAACCCUCUUCUGCGGCCACUGCGCUGCAUGCCACACCAGCGCCGAGAACGUCUGCCACACUGGCGGUUUCCUCGGACUCUCUGGUGGCGGCGGCGGUCUUUCCGAGUCAGUCUGUGUGAACGCGACGCACGUCUUUGCGUUGCCGAAGGAUCUGCCGCUCGAGAUCGGAGCACUUGUCGAGCCUCUUUCCGUGGCGUGGCAUGCCAUGUCUGCAGCGUCGGAGAUCAACGAAAAGUCCAAGGUUGCCAUUUUGGGAGGUGGGCCAAUUGGUCUGGCCAUGAUUUUGUGCUUGAAGGCCAAGGGGGUUAGUGAGAUCAUCGUCUCUGAAGUUGCCUCGUCGAGACAAGAGUUUGCAAGGCAGUUUGGUGCCACCACGGUUGUGAACCCGAUCAAAGAGGACCUCAAAGAGAUCGCGCUUGGCCUGACUGGUGGUUUGGGCGCUGAUGUCGUUUUCGAUUGCGCCGGUGUACCGGCGAGGUGAGAUUUCUUACACUACGCUCUGUGAACAUACUAACAGUGAAUAGUGUCAAAGGUGCUUUCGAAGUUGUGAGAACAAGAGGCACUGUUGUGAACAUCGCUAUCUGGGAGAAGGAGAUUCCCUUUAACCCUAAUUGGUUGACCUUUAAGGAGAGUGCCUAUAAAUCCGUUUUGGGAUACCAACGGGAGGACUUUCAGGCGGUCAUCGAUAACCUUGCUUCAGGUGCAAUCAAGCCUCACCAGAUGAUCACUAGAAAGAUCAAGAUGGAGAACAUUGUUGAGGAUGGUAUCAAAGCGUUGAUCACGGAUAAGGAUAACCAAGUCAAGAUCCUGGUGGAUGUUGAUGACAAAUGAACAAACAUGAAGAAAACAAGUAAGAAGGAGUUUGUGGAGUUCAAAUAGGUAGUUGCAGAGAGAUAGCGAGUAUUGUUCUAAGUCAUAGUAUUUGCAUGUCCAAUGUUAAUCAUGUCCUUCUAUGGUGACCUCAAGAUUCACCACUAUAAUGCCCCAACUACACGAAUUGACGC